AUGUCUCUGGGUUUCCUUGAGUUUGUUUUGAGCCAGGCUUCGACGAUCAGCCAAAUCAACUUUUCAUUGGCCAGUGAACCAACAACCCUCAGACCUGCAUGGGGCUACCAUGCUGUCUUGUCCUGGCAAUGUAUUUCCUUCUCCACAGAUUCUGAGAGUGUGGGUACAGGUGUGGCAGAUCUCUCAAAGGAUACUAAAAAGCUGGACCCAAGAGCAAGAGACAGUUUUACCAGUGUUGGUAGGAAGAUUGGCCAGCGCCACAUACAAUUAUAGGGUGAGGAUGGUGAGGACUGUACAGUGGACCGUGCUGAAGUUAUACGAAUGAUGGACCAAACAGGGUUAAAGCUUGUUGCCAUAAAUUAAAAUUGUGAUCCACCAUUGUGCAGACUGAUGAGAGCGAAACAGAUCCAUGAAGAGCAGAUGAAACUGAGGGAAUCAUAGAAAGCCAAGACAGGACCUGUCUAAUCAAAGGAGCUCAAUUUCUCUUCAGAUAUUUCCCUUCAUGACUUAGACACGAAACUGUGGCAAGUCGUCAGCUGGGUAGAAAAGAAGAACCAUGUUAGACUCCCAAUCGGAGCCAGAACUGACAGUAGCACACCACUGGUAUGGACAUAG